AAGAACCAGUUUUACUAUGUGGAAUAUGGAAAAAUAAAUGUGAAUAUGUAAGUUAAAAGAAUCAAUCAUUCUGACACCUUACUGAUUAUAUAAUCUAUGAAAACCCUAACGCCUCCCCCAAGCUGGUGUAUAAAUAACACAUUUACACUUGUGCAAAAUAUCCAGUCAUUAAAGCAAAUCCAGAGUCGGACUUGGGAAAUGGAGGCUUUCUGUGCCAGCUGGAAACUUGUGGGGAGUGAAAACUUCCAUGAAUACCUGACUGCAGUUGGCCUAGAUGAAGAAAUGGUACAAGUAGGAAAUGUGCUUAAACCAAAGGUUACAAUUUCCCAGGAGGGGGACAAAGUGGUGCUGAAAACAGUGACCAGUGUCAGCAGCAAGGAAAUUUCAGGCAAACUGGAUGAAGAGUUUGAUGACACUACUUUAGAUGAAAGAAUCUGUAAGUCUGUUCUGUACCUGGAUGGGGACAAACUGGUGUAUGUGCAGAAGUGGGAUGAUAAGCAGUCCACCGCCACUCGUGAGGUCAAGGGUGAUCAGAUGAUCACGACGCUGGAAUUGAAUGGCGUGGUGGCUGUCCUCACCUAUGAGAGGGUGUGAAUGCUGCACAGUCUGCCAUCUAGUGACAGAACAUGAGAUAAACAAGAAGAGCAGCAUGCUAAUGCUUCAUGGUUUUUAAUGUUCUGAUACAUCACUGCAAACCUGUCAAUGAUUUAAUAAAUAACUGAGCAUGA